UAUCUAUAACCGUAACACUGCACGCCAAGGGGCGUUUGUCUGCCCUCUGCCGGGCCUUUUCUGUAUCGCCACCAAAGCACGAGCAGGCCAUGUUGUCGGGCUGUGUGUCGCCGUCUCUUUUAUUGCAGCUGCUGCUGUCGACUGGUGUGUUCAGCUGAUGCGCUACUGUCGCCACUGCCGCCUUGACUACGGCCGGAUACGAUAGCAGCGCAGAGACAGUAAUUUGCCGCCGCAUCUCACUGUGCUGUGUUUUGUGAACGCAUAGGAAAGCGAGAGUAGCUUGUGUCUGGGUUCGAAAGCACCGUGUGCCGUAUCGAUGGCCGUGCGUCCCUGGUGAUCAGCGAUCACAGCCACACACAGCUGCGGUGGCUUCUAGCCAAUGGCGCUGUCGGGUUGCCGUGCGCCGCCGCCGCUGCUGGCGCCGCUGCGAACGCUGUCGGCUGGCUGGGUCGCGAUGGCCGUUGGCUUUAUGUUUUGGUUGACGGACUGACGGAGUAGCCGCUCUGUGGCUGUCCGCCAGUCACCUCUUUUCUCUUUUUGCUUGUUUUUCCAACAUAAAACUUAGCCUGGAUCUGUGAAAAUCGGCUACAUCGGGGCGCGGAGCCGCGUUUCGCUAGCCUGCGGGCUGCCGUAGGCGGCAUGGCGGGGCCCUCAGCCAGUGGGCAAAGUCGACUAGGCCCUAGGACGCCAAAGACAACGACCACGACGAUUGCGACAACGGCCUCUACUACAACGCGACAAAAAGCAAGCACUACAACGGCCUGCGACCAUGACAACGAUUGUGCUGCUACAACAACAAAGACAUCGAUUUGCCUUCCCAGUGCUACUUCUAGAACCACUACUUACCACUACUCCGCGCCUGUGAGUUCUGGUCCUACCAACAAGGACUACUAUACUGUGGCUAGUUUUACGGAGACUCACUCUGUUACAACUCAUAAUUUCGGCGAUGGCGGUGAACGCCGUGGUGGCCCCCGGGCCGGCAAUGGCGGAUUUGCCAGCAUCGACGAUCCGUCAUCGGCAGCAGCCUUCGGAGGCGUCCACAUUGUGGGGACUGGCUUCGCAGCUGGUGCUAAACGCUUGCCGCUGGAGGCUGGAAGUGCUGCUGCUAAUGGUACAAACCACCCUAGCGAAAGGGUCAACAUCACGGGCGUGACAACAAUAACAACGCUAACAACAGUUGCUUAUAACAGUCUAGCUGUUGGUCACAGUGGAAGUGAUGAUGGAGAACGUGGUGCUAACGGUGGACACGAGGGCGAAAGUGAUGCUACUAUUGGUGGAAACCCAAAUCAAGCGAUGAUAGAAGUGUGCGAAUACGCGAACGACCAUAUCACCAACUGUACAAACACCACUGAGAUCGAUAGGCAGCAGGCACACAGCAACGCUACGGGACGUGACAGCCAUAACAUUGAUAAUGACUACUUCGAUUGUGCUGCCAGUAACAGCAGCGGCGGCAGCAUAGUUACUGAAAGUGUUUAUGGCCAUGGGUCUAUUGGUGUGUCUCAAAAUGAUAGUGCUGCAAGUGCUGCGAGGCAACGACCAACAGUUACGCAGCAAUUGCACCAACAACAGCCCUUCAACCAUAGCAGGAAUCGCCAUUUAUUCGAUUCGUCCUCUGCCGCCGCCACUGCUGCUGCUAACGCUACUCCUGCAGGAGUAGCCGUGGCGCCCGCCGCACCGGUGCCUACGCCAGCGACGACUAGUUCGACGCCAAGUGCGCCGUCAACGACAAAAGUCGUAUGGAGACGCCGUGAGCAACAAGACGCAACUUCAACCGAGGGCUCGCUCCGAGCGAUGCUCAACAAGCUGGCGCCAUCGCAGAACUCGCUUGAUUCGUUAGCUACGCAGGUGGCGGGUCAUCUUCUCGAGGACGAAGUCCCCGAAGAACUCGCGCGUCAACUCGUUGACCGCGCACAGCUCGAACCGAUAUACGCGGCUACCUAUGCCAGGUUAUGUUCAGUUCUUGUACGGGUCCGCAGUGGCUACGUAUUCUAUAAGCACCUGAUGGCCCGAUGCCGAAGCACGUACGCUCAAGGGGUGCGCGCACUCAUCGCUGAGCCUAUGGAGACGUGUGAUGACAGCGAAAACAACCAUGUGGUAACUUCAACAUCAACUAAUCGUAACCACUCUGGUCUCUUCCCUAACGUCCAGCAUCAGCAACGAGUCCAGCACCAAGUUCACCUGUAUCCCAGCCAAAUGACAUCACAACGGCAUUAUCCAGUGCCGAUCCAGCAGCCACUUCAACAUCAGCAGCAACAGGGACAAUUGCUCCACCGCCAUCAUCCGUAUUCGCUACCACAACUGCAGCAGAAUCAACGAAAUGUCUAUUUUCAUCAUAAUAAACAGCAGCACCACCUCCAGCAGCUGCAGUCAGCUUCAGUAAUCCACCAGGUCAACCACCAAUCGCUAUCAACGAUGUAUCAGGACACUAGUCUGCGAGAAGCGGUGUCCUCUAGCGGAUCCUCCUCGCAUAACAACAGCUACAGAAACCGUACGAUGAGCAACGAUGAGAGCAACAGCGUUUGCAGCAAUAACUAUCCGACCAGUGGGGAUUUGCAGCGACACCGACUCAAGGCACUUGUGGUGUUCCUUUGUCAUUUAUUUAUCGAAAAUCAGCUAACGUUUGAUCGGCUGUAUGAUGACUACUUGAAGCUGUUGGAAGUUUACUUGCCCGGCAAUGAUAUCGCUCUCGAAUGCGUCUGCAGCGCGCUCAGCUGUGCCGGCCAAGCAAUGGAAAGCGCCCAACCUCAAUGGGUACUAAAUAUCGUUCAUCAAUUGCAGGCUGCUCUUAGGCCGCUUCACGACCAACGUAAGCUUCGCAUGAUUUUCAUGGUACAGGACCUCGUCGAGAUGCACCAGCGCAACUGGCAGCCCAGGGAAUCGUCGGCUCUAACGUCCGCCCAACGCAUGCCCCGCGAUCAGGCCGAACCUUGAUUUCGUGGACAUACUAAGCUAAUAUAAACGAAAAUGUGCGACACCUGUAUGACCACAAAAGGCAAUAACCAACAGAAAUAGCAACCGCGCCAUCAAUGUUGAGGUCGAAUAAAGAAUAUGUCGUCUAAUAACAACGUAACGGACAAUACAGACACGAAAUCACAGGAUCACGAAACACGGACUCCGGCAGUCUUCACGUACGAAAGCGAUCACCAUAGUCAUUAUCACAGAACGUUGUCUGUUGGAAAGGCAACAGGCGUUCGACAGUUCCAGCAGAAUAAACCGUGCGACAUGAGCGACUUAGCGUCGAACAAAUUGAAAUUCACCUUCCGUCAAUCAUCCGCUAUAGGAAGAUAGACGCACAUAUUCUUUUGUAGAUAUUUCUCAAUAGACCAAUAGAUUCGAAAAUCCGGUUGGUAUUUGCCACACCAUAAACUAACGGAUGCCACCGUCACACUGCAUAGAGACUCCGGCCUCUAAAUAAUAACGUAAAUGUUCAAUUACUCUGUACCCACCUUUCUGCAAAUAAGAGAUGACAUCAAAAGGUCAAUAUUGUCAGAUAGCUGUUGAGUUAUAUGUCGAAAAAAUAGAAACAGAAGCGGAAAGAAAUACGGAAAUAAAACCAAAAAAAUAGAGACGCCUCCCUAAAAGUCAGAAAAAAAAAAAAUAAGGACAAGCAAAUAGACAACGACCAAGAGACAACCGCAGGUGAUAAAUCAAAGGCAAAGAAAAAAACAAAUGAGAGAUGAGUUUAACAAUAACGGUAAAAACAUAAGAAAAAAGUCAGCAGUAACCAAAAAUAUUCUACACGGAGCGAAUUUUCUUUAUCAUCCCUCUUUAUAAUUUAUAAUUUUGUCAGAGGCUUUACCGAAAACAUAAGGAGUAACAGACGAUAAAACUAAUGUAAUAAUAGUAUAAGCUAGUAAUGGUGAGCUAUUGAUGGAAAAUCAUUGAUUUAACGACAUGUAUUCAUAAUGACAAACGAAUACACUGAGGCUGACCGAUAACAGCUGCAUUGAGCUGAGUUGGUCAGGACAACAAUGACUUUGCACGCGUCAGUGAUGAAUAGAAACAAACCGACGAUGUAAACAGUAAACAGUUUGUGUUUACAGGAUCUAUAUAGGAUAAAAAGUGUGCAUUCAGGAAGAUCUGGCGUAAUAACGAACACCUGAAGCAAACGGUAGACGAAGACUAGUCACGACUGAGACGGUACGAAAAGCUACACACCGAAGCAGCCGCCAUCUCGUGAGCAGUGGAUUCCGGAACAAAACGAUCCACAUAAAAACGGAGCUGGGUAUAAAUGUUGCCCAGAGACUGAUCUAUACGCUCGCCAUGUAUUGUUGAAAGAAGCGAUAGUUGACGGGGCGACAAAUAAACAGAAGGCCGUUUGGGUUACGUGGGAUAAAACGUGAGUAAACUGAAUUAACGUCAAACCGAAAACGAGACGGGAUGCUAAACGGACGAGCGUUAAAGUAUAGAAAAACAUUGUAACAGAUCGACUAUGUGAUUUCGGGGUGGGGUAAAGUGCAACAAACUGAUAAGUGAUUGUGGGGCUGAGAUUGUGCGUGAAGGAUAACAAGAAUGAGCACAUAAAGUAUUGUACAGGUACAGAUAAUUUAUAACGCAAAAAAUAAACGUGUUGGAUAGAAGCCGACACCCGCGUUAAGUCCUACGACCACUUUAAUGCUACGUUCGAUCCAAUCGAGAAUUAGACGGCGACGUAGGGCAAACGAUAAAUAAGGACUAAUAAUACUGAAGAACAUAGAAGGUGUUUUUCAAUAGGAAACAAACGAUUUAAGCGGUACAACAGACAAAGCUAAACUGACGAAGUGAACAACCAUUGCUAUUAAUGCUAGAGCUGUACUCAGCAUUUUCAUUACCAGGCGAAUGCUGCAAAACGUAAACGGAUAUCUAUACAUACACUCAUUAAUCACGACGAUAAUAAUAAUAUAUGAAAUCAAUGAGAAGAGUAAAAAGAAAAAUAAUAUAAAAAUUGCAAUUCAUUAUUCAAAUUACGAAUUCGUGUGUUAUUACGAGUGGUCAUGGUGGCGACGAUAGACAAAUACUACCGUGACCCUAAGCAGCAAAAACGAUGAGCAGUCGAUGAUCACAAACAGCCACAACAAAAACGUUGUGUUGCAAUAAACCAUCGAACCAAUAUAAUCCUAUGUGAUAUAUACGAGUAUA